AUGGCUCCAAGAUCAGCAUCAUUUCCUGGUGUGCAUUCCGUUGCACAAGAAUAUCGGUUACUUCUCGGCUCUCUUGGAGCAUUGUGUAUGUGGAGUUCCAACGUGUAUCAACGUCCAGUUCAGGUAUCAAAAACUUCUUUUCUAUGGCGAUGGAAAUCUUCUAGAGCUCUUCAAUAA